AUUAUCAUUUUCUUGAAUAAGACUUUGUCCAAAUGGGAUGAGAGAACGCGUUUAAUGAAACCAACGAAGAUGUCAAGGAAAAAUUUUUCUGCUUUCGACUCUGUCGUGCUUCAACAGAUUGAUCAGAUCAUGGCGGAUAAGAAACGUUUGAUUAGGAGGACGCAGGUGAACAGGUCUGGGGUUGAUCGGAUUGGUGGGAAUUUGGAGGUAUCAGUGAGAUCUUUUUAUACCUAUCCUAUCUUAGACUUAAUUGAAAAGAAAGAAAGUGACGCUACCGAUCCUAUUGAAAUGAGCAGGUGCCGCUAUCAGUUGCGGCAGAGGAAGUCAAAGAAAAAAAAGGUUGAUACUAAAGCUUCUAAAGGACGAAAAAUCCGUUAUGCUGUUAUCCCGAAAUUGGUAAAUUAUUAUCCUUCUAUGCCAGAAAAAGUGAAGUGGAGUCAUGAAAUGCGGAACCAAUUAUUUAAUUCUCUUUUCUCCUCAAAGACAUCUUCUUAG